CGAGGCGAACGCGCGAUUUAAACCUCCCAACGCUGGUCUUUGUUGGCGUCGGAGAGUAAACAUUGCCUCCUUCUGCUAAAACCCCAGGAUUUUUUUGGGCUGGCACUUGAAGACAAAUUUCGAGGUAUGCAGUGACAGGCAGAAUGAAGCCAGGCGGGCUUUGCUCCCCAACUGAUGGGAGCAGCAUGCCUUCUGGGGACACCAUUAACUCCCUGUCAGCGCACAAAUCGCCCAGUAAAGGUGGCCAUCACCCUGAGACAUCCACAGCCGAAGAAGGACAUGUGGACCUGCCUCCCUUGCCACCAGAAGGCCAGCUGCAGCUUGUUCCUCUGGCCAAGAGCCACGCCAACGGGAUGCUUCCUCACGAGGGGAUCCCCAAUGGAUUGCUUUCCCACGGCAAGGGCCUGGUGGUGCCUCAUCAUGUGCGGCUGCCUCUGCAUGGUGAGAGUAGUCGUGAAAAGGGGUCAGUGCCAUGUGCCACAUCACCGGGGAAAGAUGAAAGUAAAUUUAGUGGCGCUGUGAUGGGCCAGAGCCCAUCGAAGCCUACUGAUGCUGGCACCUCCUCUAGCUUACCAUUUUCUCAUUCACUGCCAACCAUGUGUAAUAAGCCAUUUCAGCAACUGUCUGUUGUCACAUCACCCCUUAGCUACUCAUCAUCAAAGUGCAAUGCUCCUAUCAAUGCAGUGCCAUCUUGUCCUGGAGGUAAUACUUUAUCUCCAAAGAUGGUACCACCAGGUCAGGGUGUUUCUCCCAAGGGUGUAGGCCUCACAUCACCCAAGAGCCUGAAAAGUCCAAAGGGCAGAAGAAAAUGCUCACUGGAGGAAAUGGUGACCAAAUUGCAUAAUCGCACAGAGGCUUUUCAGAGUGGUGUCAGUGUAUUGCCAUUUUCACCAAAAAGUGUUCUGUGUGAUAGUGUAAAAUUAAAGAACAGUGCAGAGACUGUAGACAGACAGGCUCCCCUGCCUGCAAAGGGAAGCCUCUCUGAUUCCCAGACACAGAGCGGAGUUAGCUUCCCAAAUAUUUGUGAUAACAAUAACACUGCCAGAAUAUGUGAUGCUCACCCUGCUUUGAACCCCACAGUUAAUGUUACAAGCACCAGACUUCAUGAUGAGACUGACAAAUACACUGAUAAUUCUUCAUUGACAGUGUGUGAUAUAAAAAAUAAAGUAGCUACUGAUGUGUCUCCUGAAAAGAUCAUAUCCAAUGAAGUGAAUAAAAGCCAGAAAUUGCCAGUUUUACAUUUAAAUGAAUCUUGUGUUGACAGUUACCCUCUAGGAAAUCGUAAUGACUUAGAAGGAAACUAUGGAACAUGUGCUGAAAGUUCAUUUUUUAAAGUAGAUGGAAAAGGGAAUCCUAGCAGCUUACAAUGCAAUGCAGAAGUGACAAAAAAUGCUCAAUGGGGAGUUAUGCUCAAUCAGUGCAGUUCCAAACCAGAAGUGCAACAUAUAUCACAGAAUAAAAAAUGUAAUGAAAAUAAAGCAUCAGAAAUUUGCAGAACAGAUUGCCAAUCAGGUGAUUCAUCUACAUCCUCUUUGUCAGACAAUUUGAAAAGUGACCAGCAGCAGUAUGCCUCUGACCAGGAAUCUGCAAGGAGUGCAACAGAGGCUUUGCAGUGUGCUGAAAGGUCUGAGAGUGGUUUAGUGGGGAGGGGAAAGGAUCACCAGCCAGUUGUGGAAUCUGAAAAAGUGCGAGAAGACAAGGGCUCAAGAGACUUGACAUUAAUUGAUAAUAAGGGUAGUGGAAACACAGAGAAAAAAGAAGGAUGUGAAAAUCUUGUCAGUGAAUCCUGUGAGGUUAUUAGUAAGAAAGUUAUUGGAAGAGGAUCUCCAGAAGAUCCACAGGUUGAGGAGGUCAUACCAAGUGAACCACAAGGCAAUAAUGAGCUGAAAACACAACUGACUGGUGGUGAGUGCCUCAGUGUUCUGUCAAAAGCUGAGGUAUUAAAUGUGGAACUGAGUGAUAACGUUUCAAGUAAACCUCAGAGUGAAAAGGAAGAAAUCAAUGAACCUGGUGAUACAGCUGUAGGCAAUGAAGUGGAAAGUGAGAAUGUGGUAAGUGGUACAGAGCAAAGUGGUGGGGAUAUAACCGGUGAAAACACAUUAAGAAGUGACCAGCAAAAAGACAUAGAGUGUAUGAAUAAUCAGAGCAGUCUAAAACUCAUGAAUAAGUUGAUAGAUUUAACUGCCGAGUCAGAAAGUGCCAGGAGUAGUAGUGUAGAACUCAUUGAAAAUGAGCCAUUGGAAAAUGUGGACAGUGAGAGUGAGAUAGAAAUUUUAUAUGAAAAGAAAGAUGAAACUGGAAGAGAGAAUACCACAGAGAAAAGUCUGCCCAGAGGUACAGAGGUAUUGAAUUCUCUUCAAUCUAGGCCAAGCCAGGUUUUACCGGCUGUGGAGAACAAGGAGUCUGAAGCACUGCCAUAUUUAGAGCCAAUAUCAGAUGAUGAGAACUCCCUCUUGUGUGCUCCAUCCACCUCAUCUGGCCUUUCAUCUGUCUCUGGUUUUCAGAGCAAUUCUGAUACUCCCAUGUUCUCUGAUACUCCCUCCGAUGCAUCGCGUGGGGCAAUUAUGGUUAGAAUCUCUGAUGCUGUUGCUGCAAUUCUGUCAGAUGUGUCUGAUGAAAGCCUUCCAGAUUCCCCAUUGUCAUUUAGUGAUAAAACUCAGGGUUCUAGUGAAAAAGCAGAUGACACAAUACGUAGUAACACAAGUGAAAAAAUAUAUGCAAAUACAAUGGACAAUGAAAAAUUGCUUUCUACAGCAGUGGAAAAAAUAUCCACUGAAGAAACCACUAAGGAUUCUGAAAGCCUGAAGGACAGAGGUCUAACAAAAGACACAGUUCAACCUGUAUCUGAAUCAGCUUCCAUUAUAGAAACUGAUGAUAGUGUGUGUGUGGAUAUUUGUGUGAAAAGUGAACAACUGGGACCAAAAAAUACAGAAUCUAUGGAGAAAAUGGAUUCUUGUGUGCAAAAUUCUACUGUGCAAAGCUUGGCCUGUAUUACAGAAAUUGAGAAAAGGUCACUAGAAUCUCCAGAACCAAGUAGAAAUAUAUGUGGGUUGGCUCCUAGUACUCUUAGUAAAUUGUGUAGCAAUAGUGAACAAGAAAGUUCUUGUCAAGAUUCAGAGUUGAAAACUGCUUACCAUGAACAACAAAAGCAGUUGGAACCUCCAUCUCUCCUAGGAGAGUUUAACACUGGAUCAACAGAUGGGUCCUCCACCUCUAAAUCAACUUGUGGCAUUACUCCUAUUGGCCAGUCAACACGAUCAUCACAAGUUUCAAGUUUAUCCACAGAUAAGCUUGACCCUCUUAGCUCACACACACAGGUACUUUUAGCAGAAUCAUGUACCAUAGCUUGUUGUAGUAAGUCUAAUAAUAGUAGCCAUAUAUGCCAAAACCUCAUCUCAGGAUCUCAGAAAAGUUCUAGUCAAAACCAAAACUGCAAUACAUCACAGAGUGGGGGCAGCAAAGACUUAGGUCUUGCGAUUAAGCAGCCCAGUGCAAUUAUACAUAAUGAUGAAUCGGCCGAGAAAAAUAGGGUAGCUGGAUGUGAAUCUGGUGAUACAAUAAAAAGCAGACUCAUGUGCCACAGUGAAGAUGAAUCUGCUAGAUUUUCAGGAAAAGAGAAGGAAAAUUUCACCAAUCAGUCUGAUCGCACAUCUAAAUCUGUGCAGCCCAAUGAUGGAGUAUCACCUACCGCAAUGUCAGUGGUAGUUGACAACACAGUUGUCACUUCUGAUUUGGCUGUAUCACAUGGAGAUAAUGCCCAAACAUUUAAGGAAAAAGUAUUUUCAGAAACUGAAGUUCCUGACAUGGAUGACCAAAGAGGAAGUACAUAUUCACAUGAUGCAACUACAUCAGAUGUGAUUAGUGCUGGAAAUGUUACAGGAACCCAAAAACACACUAUUGGAGACAGUAAUCUUGGUAGUAAGGAAGUUCCUGAUAGGGAGAGAAGUGAAGAACCUGAAAAUAUCACAAAGGAUUUUUCCACAGAAGAGAAGACUAUUGCUAGUAGUGAAAGAAGUUUAGAAAAUCAUCUGCUUAGGCAACCAGAUGUACUAACCACAGACUGCAAGCAGAAGUUCCUGGAUGAAAGUAACCCAUCUGAAAGGGCUUCCGAAAUAUGUGAGGAGCUUAAGAGCAGACACUGCCACACUUUCCUUGAUGUUAACCAGUCUAGAAUGGUUGAUUCACAUGCAGUAUCCACUGAUAUUAGUGUUAAGACCUGUCCAUCAAACACAGUGUCUCAGGUGAGUGAAGAAAGUUGUAAUACAUUAUCUACACCUUUGGAUUUCUAUCUUCUGGCAGAGGCUUCUUCAUCCUCCAAAACAUAUACUCAGGAUAUCCAUGAUUUGGGUAGGGAAGGUAUGCUAGUUCCUCCACCAAGUGAAAUUGUUAAUGAAGUUGCCCAUCCACUGCCUGCUGAAGUUAAAGACAGUCUUCCUCAAAAUGUGGCUGCCACAAAUGCCAGUCAUCCACUUACAAAGGACCCUUCAGCCACAGAUAAAGAAGAUUCACCAGUAUCUGAGGCUGAGCAAGGAACUGUUGAAGAACCAGCAUCAAGUCAGGAGGCAUUUCAGACUGCUGAAGCCAAUUCCGAAAUACCAUUUGCAAGUGUUGCUGAAAUAAAUCAGAUGCCAGAUGAAAUUAUUAGAGCAAAGUUUGCCCCAACUGAAAUUGAUGUCGAUUUUAAAGCUUGUGAUUUUAAACAUGUACCUUCUGAAGAUACAAAAACUAGUCAGGUAACAGCAGACAUUACUGAAACCAGUCAUGCAUCAUUGGAGAUGUUUGAGUCAAACGAGGUGGCAGCUGGACUUUGUUCUGUAAUAUCAGAAUUAUGUAAAAUUAGUAAAGCAGCAGAUGAGGCAACCAAAGUUGCAACAUCUGAAGAAGUCAGUGUGUGCAUGGAAGCAACAGAUGAGGCUGCUAAAACCAGUCAAGUAUUAGCAAAUGUUCUUGAAAAUUACCAGGGAGCAGCUGAAUCAUGUACAACCAGUAAAAAAGCAUCUGACAGAAUGGAAGCCAGUAAAAGUGAAACUGCUGAAGCAAAAACUGUUAAACAAACAAGCCGUACAACAAACCAAACAACAAUGGAUAUCUUUGAAGAAAUUCAGUCCCUGGCAGAAGCUGUCCAAGAAAAACAUGAUGUUAGCGAAACUUCAUACAAGUUGGUUGAUAUGAAAGGUAUGUCUACUGCUGUCAGUAUUGUAGAUUCCUGUUCAUCUUCAGAGGUUGCAGACCUCAGUUGUUCACCUACUAAUUCAAAAGAAGAGCAGCUCCCAGUUGUCACUAAAUAUCAACAUUCCCAUAAAGAAACGGAGAUAUAUCAUCAGUCACCUGGAGCUAAUGUGGCAAAUAUUUGUUCAUUUGCUGAAGGCAGUACUGAAACAAUUUACCUGGGUGACAGAAGGGAAACAUGCUUUUCAAAUGCUGAUAUUGAACCCAGUAAUCAGUUAAGUAUUGUAAAAACUGAAAGCCAUUCAGAAACUUGUGUCGAUCUUCAAGAUGUUCAAAAUACUACAGUCGGUAAUCAGAUGUCAGGUAUCACUGAAAAGAAAGAAAUGCAAGCUGUAAACUGUAACCAGGAUUCUGCUGGUAAAGUUUCAAAGAUUGAGUCCUCAGGUGUUCAUCUACCACUGCAAGUGACUGAUGGUAGUAGCCACUCCCUAGAAUCUGUUCAUGUUGUCAAUGAUGGGCAUUGUAAAGAAAGUCAGUCAACAGAGAGUCAGUUAUUAGUAAAAGAAGAUGAACAGCCAGCUGAUUUGACUAGCAUGAGCCAUUCAACAGUUGGCUCAGCAGAGGGAAGUUACAUGCAGUCUGAUUUAACUGGAAAUGUGUCUCCAGCUAACCUAAAUGACAGAAGCCAUCCAACAGAGGAUGUGGUAGAAAUUGUGGCAGCUGAGUUGAGUUGUUCAGUAGCUGGUGAUUCUGAAGUUGGUGAUUCAGACAAUGGAAAUGUUGGAGAUCAAUCAUCAACUGAAAGGGGUUGGGUUGAUAAUUCAGUAAUUGAUGAUGCCAUUGUUGAUGAGGCAGCAUCUGAGGAAACUCAACUUGAGGAUUGCCAGGAUGAAGAUUCUGAUAAACUUCCAUCUGAAGUUAUCCAAGUUCAUCAUGCAGUGGAUCAUCUGCCAGUUGAUCACCCGCCACCUGAGAAAAUUGAUCAUCCACUAUAUGCCAAGCCUAAAAUUGAUCAACCAUCAUUUGAUCAACCCCCAGAUAAUGAGACUAUAUGUGAUCAUGCACCAGUUGAUGAAAUAAAGGUUAAUGAGGAUGUAAGUAAUCAUCCACCAGUUGAUACAGCAGAGGUCGAUCAUCCACCAGCUGAAGUGAAAGUUGUUCAUCCACCAGUUGAUGAGGCAGAGGUCGAUCACCCAACAGUUGAUGUAGCAGAAGUUGAUCAUCCACCAGUUGAUGAGGCAGAGUUCAAUCAUCCAACAGUUGAUGAGGCAGAAGUUGCUCAUCCACCAGUUGAUGAGGCAGAGGUCGAUCAUCCACCAGUUGAUGAGGCAGAGGUCGAUCAUCCACCAGUUGAUGAGGCAGAGGUCGAUCAUCCACCAGUUGAUGAGGCAGAGGUCGAUCAUCCACCAGUUGAUGAGGCAGAGGUUGAUCAUCCACCAGUUGAUGAGGCAGAGGUUGAUCAUCCACCAGUUGAUGAGGCAGAGGUUGAUCAUCCACCAGUUGAUGAGGCAGAGGUUGAUCAUCCACCAGUUGAUGAGGCAGAGGUUGAUCAUCCACCAGUUGAUGAGGCAGAGGUUGAUCAUCCAACAGUUGAUGAAGUGACAGUUGAUCAUCCACCAGUUGAUGCAGCAGAAGUUGCUCAUCCACCAGUUGAUGAGGCAGUUGAUCAUCCAUCAGUUGAUGAGGCAGUUGAUCAUCCACCAGUUGAUGAGGCAGAGGUCGGUCAUCCACCAGUUGAUGAAAUGACAGUUGAUCAUCCACCAGUUGAUGAAGUGAAAGUUGAUCAUCCACCAGUUGAUGAGUUGAUGCAGCAGAAGUUGCUCAUCCGCCAGUUGAUGCAGCAGAAGUUGCUCAUCCACCAGUUGAUGCAGCAGAAGUUGCUCAUCCACCAGUUAAUGAGGCAGUUGAUCAUCCACCAGUUGAUGAGUUGA